AACAUUAUUUUAGCAAGUGUAAUUAUAACUACAUUAUUACUUUAUUAUUUCCUCAUCAGUGUAAAGGGGAAUUAUCCGAGGGUAGAGGAAUUAUACAAUUUUGAAAUUCAUCAGCUGGGGAUAUAUGUAUCACUUGGGAUUAUUAUAUCACUUGGAAUUAUUGGUUCAACCCAUCCCCGGCAUGAGGAAAUAUUCGGGGGGGGGGGGGGAGGAAUUAACCCCCCCCCCCCAAUUUCCCAUCAUUCAAGGAUGGGGAAUUAAUACAAAAAUAAGAUUUUAAUUUUUUUAUUUUAAUUCAUUCAACCUCUGUUUGAUGCGAGUAUUAAAUAUAAAGUAUUUGAGGGACUACAUAUAAUUAUUUAAGUAAAUACGCUAUAGAAAUAUUUUUCACUAUUGUUUCUCUCAAUGUUUUAAUAAAACGUUUAGAGAUGAAUUUGUUAAACCAAACAAUUUUGUCACUUAAUCCUAUCACGCCUUUCAUUCUCUUUUACCUUAUAUGUCUGAUCCGAAGCGGACAUGGAUCUAUCCAUUUUGUUGGCGAACAUGAAGGUGGGCAAGGCCGACACAGUGGAAGUCCGCAUGUGGCUGGAGAAGGAACUAGCUCUGGUGGCGGACAAGGAAGUGGGCAUCCGUUCUCAAUUGAUCCGUCUGAGCCAAAACAAUACAAAGUGGAAAUUUAUUUAAAACGAUUUGAUGGCGGAACAGUUUUGCUUUUGAAAAAGUUGCCUGGACAUUAUUUAUAUUCAACCCGAAAUAUUGAGAAAGUUGUAGGUGAAUUAGGAAUAGCCAAUGUUAAAUACAGUCCAAGUAUGGAUGAGGAUUUUACAAAGUCGGUGUAUGGAAAUAUUCAAUUUUUGAAACGUUCAGAAGUGUUGAAUGUUAACGAAGGUGAAGAAAUGAGUACAUUAGAGUUGGUAGAAAAGAUUGCUGAAUCAGAAAUGGAAGGGAAAAAUAAAGGAACCCCCAGCUGUUUACCUCUUUUUGGAUGCGGAUACAAACCCAAAGCUAAAUGGAUGUUGCCUGGUAGUAAAGUAAAAAAUCCGACAUAUGAACCUCUAUUUGAUGGUCAUUUAAUUGCCGUGCUUCGCGAACUUGUAAAUGGACACUAUUUGGAAAGAUUCCGCAUUCAUUUUACAAUGGAACGCUUAAACAUUUUCGAUACAGUCAACAGGAAAAAUUAUUUUGUUAUUCCAAAUAACCGAGAAUUGGUUAUAAUACCUGAAGAAAAUGUGUGGCAUAAAGGAGAUUCUGUACGUGGUGCACGAUGGAGGGAUGACAAAUUUUAUUCAGAACAAGGAGAAAUUGAGGUAUUCACUCGUCCAUUAACAUUGUUUCAAAUCCUCAACAUUGCUUACUACAAAGUAAUUGCUGGUCGUACUUCUGAGGAUUCAAUCCCUUUUAAAUGUCGCCAUUUCGUGUAUGAAUUUGUCACAGCUAUUGCUGCAGAACAAUUUAAAGCAGGAUUGCUUGAAUUUGAAAAUUGGCCUGAAAAUAUUCGUUCUAUGGACAAUCAAAUUGCGCAAAGCAACGGAGAUACUACUGCUUUUGAAAAGUCAUCGGAAAAACUGGAGGAACUUCAAAAUUUUAAUGACUACGAAAACGAUGACUAUACAAAAGCUAUCACAAUUAUUCCACCAAACCCUUUAAAGAAGCAUUAGAAGAGAACCAAAAGUUGGAAUGGCUGUUGAAAGAUACUUUCGAAAACUUCAAAUUUUUUCCUUCCUUUCUAUGUAGCUUUAGAUAGAGUGCCGAAAUAGUUUAAAAGUAGAAAUUUUGGGCUAAGAAAGAGACCAUUUUUUGUAGACCAUCUUAUUGUAGAGGAAAUACAUUGAGGUCCUCCCACCUCCUAACGUCUCCUCAGUGGAUUCCUCCCAAACACCCUCUUUUCUCUCAAACAGAAAGACCUUGGAGGAGAGAGAGUCGAGAGAGAAAGGAGGAGAGAGUGAGAUGAAGAGAGAGGUAUAAAGGAGACACGUCUG